AUGAAUGCAGCAGGUCAACUUCAAGCUGCUGGUGGGCAGUCUGAGGUCAGACAGGAAGAUGAAAACCAGGAAAAGAAACAGGGAAAUGUGUUGGAGGUGAAUCCUGAAGACUCGGUGAGUCAGUGUGUCAGCCAUACUAGCUCUGCUUCGUCAGCCAUGUUGAAAGCUAUGUCCAGAAAGGCAGCCCUAGCAGCUGAAGCAGCUGCUAUAGAAGAACGCCAACAGCUAGAACUUGAGGAAUUUCAACUAACGCAGCGUAAGUUGAGAUUAUCGAUGCAGACGAAGCUCAGGGUUGCAGAAGCAGAAGAACAGAUAUACCUUGAGUUUGAGAAUAAGAAGUUAGGAAUAAGCUUUCCUGAGAAAGAACAGGAUGAAACCUUACCAUACACUCCUGGCAAGGUGGUGACAGAGACUGUUGUUCCUACUAAGUCUACAAAGCGUAAGCCUAUCACAGCAGAUAGGUCUGACCAUGGACAACCGCUGACCAUGAGUGAUGAUUCAGAUGUAGUCACCCUACUGAAGGAAGGACAACAGGAGCAACGCCGUCUUUGGGAGGUGAUGCAGCUGCCUAAGGCCGAGUUGACGCCUUAUGACGGAAAUCCCCUAGAAUUUUGGGAGUUCUGGCGGAGUUUCGAGGACAACAUUGACUCUAGUUCGUGCGGAGAUAGGACGAAGCUAACUCGCCUCUUAUACUAUUGUCGAGGGGAACCUAAGAGACGUUUGAGUCCUUGCUUAUUAAUGAACGCAUCACAAGGAUAUUCAACAGCAAAGCGACUUCUGAUUGAAAGAUUUGGAGACCCAGUUGUCAUCACAGACUCCUGGAUGAAGAAGAUAACAUCUGGGAAGCAGAUUGGCCCUCGUGACAAGAAAGGUCUAAGAGAGCUGGCAGAUGACAUGAGUGUCUGCCUUAUGUCGUUUCAAGCAAUGGGAUUCGAACAGGAACUCUCCCCUCAGAAGGUGCUUCUCCCACUGGCGGAGAGACUGCCUUUCCAUUUAAAAGGGAAGUGGCUGAGCAGAGUUGGAGCGAUUCGGCGCCAGGAGAGAAUCCCAAGAUUUGAAGAUCUGAUGUACUUUGUGCAGGAGGCUGCGCAGGAAGUUAAUGACCCGGUGUAUGGAGAGCUGAUGUCUGGUCAGAGUGAGCAACGCACGCCUUCUCGAAGUGGGAAGUCAAAGGGCUCCUUCUCUACAUCUUCCACUGCAAAGCCUGUUGAACUACAUGUAGAGUGUUUCCAGUGCAAGGGUAACCAUAGGCUGUGGGAUUGUAAGCAGUUUAAGGACUUGCCUCCUAAGGAUAGAAUGCGGUUAGCAAGGAAUAAGGGACUGUGUUUUAACUGUCUAAGACGAGGUCAUAUGAUAGGAGCAUGUAGUAGCAAGAGGACUUGCUCAGUAGAUGGUUGCACAAGGAAGCACAAUAAGCUUCUCCAUAUGACAGAACCUGAUGGCGGCACACAAAAUAGAAAUGUGGAGCAAGAAGCCUCCUGUAGUUCCACAGGGGCCGGCAGGAAAAGUGUGCUCCCUAUAGUGCCUGUGAGGGUGAAGGCAGAAGGCUGCCAAGUUAUGCUGUGGACAUAUGCAUUGCUGGACCAAGGGUCAACAAGUACAUUUUGUUCAGCAAGUUUAGCAAGGUCACUCGGUGCUAAGGGAGUCAAAGGGAAGCUUCUACUAACGACCCUUGAUCGUAAAGAAAGUACUGUCCACACUGAAGCCGUCAGUUUGGUUGUGGACUCCGGAGAUAACAGCAAGCAGAUCAAGAUGUUAUGUGUGUACACAAAGGAAAAUAUCAACGUCAAGGGUGUACACAUGGCCACAGUCGAUGACAUCAAAGGACUGACCCACCUAAGAGGGAUUGACAUCCCUGUGGCCACUGAAGAUGAGGUGGGAUUGGUCAUCGGUCAAGACGUCCCAGAAGCUCUGAUGCCUCUAGAGGUUAGACAUGGAGAGAAAGGACCAUACGCAGUAAGGACGUGCCUUGGGUGGUCACUCCAUGGUCCGCUCAGCCGAGCAUGUGAAAUGAACACUCCAGUGUAUGCUACGAACACCUUCAUCGAAGGAGAUCUGUGCCUCGAGAGACAGUUAGAGAGGUUCUGGAAGCUUGAGACCCCUGAUCCUUACAAGGAAGAGAGAGCUAUGUCAAGGAAUGAUGUCAAGGCCUUGGCAGAGUGGGAGCAGGGCAUCUGCAUAGAGGAAGGUCAUUAUCAGCUCCCUAUCCCGUUCAAGAAGAGACCUCCAGAUCUCCAGAAUAACCGAUGGUUGGCUGAAAGGAGACUCCAAAGUCUUGGAAGAAAGCUUAGUCAGAGUGAUGGUCUCCUUCAGAAGUAUACAGAUGGCAUGGCAGACCUUUUGAAGAAGGGAUAUGCAGAGGAGAUCAAUGAACUUGACAGUAAGAAGGAAUGCGAAUGGUAUUUGCCACAUCACCCGGUAUUCCAUCCCCAGAAACCGGGAAAAGUGAGAAUAGUCUUCGAUUGUGCAUCAGCAUGGAAAGGUUUGUCACUGAAUGAUGUGGUUAAUCAGGGACCAGAUCUGACUAACAAGCUGAUCGGAGUGCUGUUGAGGUUUAGAACUGCGCCAGUGGCUUUGAUGGCAGACAUUGAAGCGAUGUUUCAUCAAGUUCGUGUGCCAGCACCAGACCGAGAUGUACUAAGAUUCUUAUGGUGGCCAACAGGUGACUUGAAGGAAGAUCCAUGUGUCUACAGAAUGUGUGUGCACUUAUUCGGUGGGACUUGGAGUCCCAGCUGCUGUAGCUAUGCCUUACGACGCACAGCUGAAGACAACAAGGGUGAAUUCUCUCCUGAAGCAGUAAAGGCAGUGACUAGGAAUUUCUAUGUGGACGACUGCUUAAUCUCCACUAAGGAUGAGGGAGAUGCCAUACGACUAGCACAAGAAUUGAAAGGCCUGCUAGAGAAGGGAGGCUUUAACCUGAUCAAGUGGACAAGUAACAACCGCAAAGUUGUGGAAGCCAUCCCAGUGGAGGAUAGAAGUAAACAAGUUAAGGACUUAGAUCUUAGCAAGGAAGCACUACCAGUUGAAAGAGCCCUGGGGAUCAAAUGGGAUGUGCAAGAGGACCGUCUAGAGUACAAGACAUUGAUAAAGGAGAAACCACUGACAAGAAGGGGUUUGCUUAGCAUUGUGUCAAGCAUUUAUGACCCGCUUGGCUACCUGAGUCCCUUUAUCUUGAGAGCUAAGCUGUUGAUGCAGAAGUUAGCAACAAAGAAGUUAGGAUGGGAUGACCCAAUUCCAGAUGUUGGACUGCAGUUAUGGCAGCAGUGGGUAAAGCAACUUCCUGAAGUAGAAAACUUCAAGGUGCCAAGAUGUGUGGUUCCUGCAGGAUAUGGUGCCAAGACAGAGCAUCAGUUACAUCACUUUGCUGAUGCAUCCGAAGAUGCCUAUGGAGCGGUGACAUACCUGGUGGUAAGGAACUCUAAAGGGCAAGUCUGUAGCAGUCUUGUCUUUGCCAAGUCUCGCCUCGCUCCAGUGAAGAAGACUACGAUUCCUCGUCUCGAAUUGAUGGCUGCUACUGUUGCGGUGAAGUCAGAUGUCUUAGUGAGGAGAGAACUGGAUCUACCACUAAAAGACUCUGUGUUCUGGACUGACAGCAUGAUUGUAUUGGCAUACAUUAAGAAUGAAGACAAAAGGUUUCACACCUUUAUUGCCAAUAGACUGUCUAUGAUUCACUCUGCCAGUGAUGUAAAGCAGUGGCAUCAUGUCAACACGAAAGAGAAUCCGGCUGAUGACGUCAGUAGAGGCAUGAGUGCUAGGGAUCUCGUGGCUAGUGAGAGAUGGCUUCAUGGGCCAAAAUUCAUCCUGUUGACUGAAGAGCAGCAGAGCCAAGAUCCAGAAGCUGAUGAUAUCCUACUAAACGAUGAUCCUGAAGUAAAAACUGUGAAGGCUUAUGCCGCUGAGACUGAUGUUGAUGUACCAAUUGCGGCUACUGAUGAACUGUUGAGCUACUUUUCAGAUUGGUGCAAACUAAAGAAGGCAGUAGCUAGAAUCUUGCAGUUUCGGGGAUAUCUUCUGUGCAAGGUGCGGAAGGAGGUAUUUGACUGUAAGGUGCUUCUUACAGUGGAUGACAUGAGAGAGGCUGAGCAGGCAAUCCUGAAAUAUGUUCAGCGCCUGGCAUACCCAGCUGAAUACCAGGCAAUUGAGGAGAAGCCAGCCUUGAAUGGAAAGCAGAGGGCUAGUAAGUUGAAGAAGUCCAGCCCUCUCUAUAAGUUAGACCCAAUGAUGAGCAGAACUGGGUUGCUGUGUGUUGGAGGCCGCCUUAGGAAUGCAGAGCUGAGUGACGAGAUGAAGCAUCCCAUCAUCUUACCACCCAAGCAUCACGUGGUAACACUGUUAGUGAGACAUGUUCAUGACAUGGGACAUUUAGGCAGAGAGCAUGUCCUAUCGAUGCUGAGGCAGCGAUUCUGGUUGAUCAGAGGGAGGUCUACUGUGCGACAGGUGAAACGGGACUGUUUUAAGUGUAAACGCCUGUCGUCUCCAACUCUCGGGCAGAAGAUGGCUGAUUUACCUAGUGAUCGUGUGGCGUUUGACAAGCCACCAUUUACUAAUGUUGGAGUGGACUGCUUUGGCCCUUAUCUUGUCAAACAGGGCAGAAGCCAAGUGAAGAGAUAUGGCUGUAUCUUCACUUGCCUAUGUGUGAGAGCCGUGCACAUAGAGAUCUUGCAUUCUAUGGACACUGAUUCAUUUCUGAACGCUCUUCAUCGAUUCAUGGCUCGCCGUGGAAGACCAGAGCUCAUCAGAUCUGACAACGGCACAAAUUUCGUCGGAGCAGAGAGAGAGCUGCGAGAGGGGUUAAGUAGAUGGAACCAGCAGAGAAUUCAUGACCAUCUACUCCAGAAAGGCAUUGAAUGGAGGUUUAACCCACCAGCGGCCUCGCACAUGGGUGGAUGUUGGGAACGCCAGAUAAGAACGACGAAGAAGGUGCUCGGUGCCUUGAUGAGACAGCAAGUGCUGUCUGACGAGAACUUAUCAACGCUGAUGUGUAAGGUGGAGUCCAUCAUCAACGGGCGCCCUCUGACGGUAGUGUCGGAUGAUGCGGUGGAUCCAGAACCCCUCACUCCGAAUCAUUUGCUCCUGCUGCGGGGUAAUGGUACUGGGCCGCCUGACCUCUUCGAGGCACGAGAUGUGUAUAGCAGGCGACGAUGGAGACAGGUUCAGUACCUUAGUGACAUUCUGGCAGAGAUGGAGGAAAGAGUAUCUUCCUACACUCCAAGCGCGACAAAGGUGGAACGAGCGUGA